AUGCGCUUCCAAAACAUCAUCCCACUUCUGGCUCCCAGGCCUGGAUUCCUGGAAGGCCCCAUGGAUGUGUCCGACGUAAAGGAGCAGCUCAGCAAGAUCAACGCCUCCAUUCAAGCGUGUGUAAAUCUUCUAGACGCUUCGGAUGCCAACUCUGAAAAGCUCGUUGUUGACUGGUUGGUGGAGCUGGAGCGCUCGAGGGGGGUCCUUCUGCGGGCUCUCACAGCGCCAACGUUGCAAGGAAGCGCGGAAGUAUACAGCAACGUGUACCUGAACAUUCUGGAUGACGAAGACGAGGUCCUCUUCUGCUUUGACCGCGUUGACCGCGGCCACCUCCAGCGCGUCUUGGACAGGUACGACUGCGACGUGGUGGUUGACCCGGUCAACGGCCGGGACACCGCCCUCGUGGGCGUCCAGCUGCACGACAACAUCGUCGUGAAGGCUCUGUCAGGCCGGCCGCCGUAUGAGCAGCGGACGUCCACGCUGGAGGGCUUUUUCCUCUCGACCGAGAGGAGCCUCGCGGUAUGUGCGACCGACAGAGUGCUGGAGCUGAUGCGGCAGGAUAACCCUGACGCGUUUUCUGCGGACAUCAGGGUCAUCCGCAGCGCCGACGGCCAGCAGUGGGACGUGGCCGGCGUGGUGAUCGCUGAUGACUGCGCAGCCAUCGUCGAGGCGAAGCCGCACCUCAACGACGAUUCCGUCUUGCAGCUGGAAUCGUGCCUGGAUGUCAUAGAGUGA